CCUAGAAAGGCUAUUACCGUUAUUGUAUUAUAAUAAUAAAAUUUCAUAACUUUACUACUACAAAAAAAAAAAUUUAGAACUACCAAUGUACUUUGGAUCAUUACCAUUUAUCAUCUACUAUACCUUGAAUUGAAAUAGGAAUAGUAAGGAAAAGGCAAUCGAUUAUGGAAAAAGAAGACGUCGAAAUAUCUCUACAGAAAUGGCUCAAACCGGAAGUGUUGCCAGUAAAUUACAAACCUUCCCAGAAGAAAACAUUGGAAGAAAAUUCACGAGCAGAAAUAUUUCACGAAUAUGCUCUGCGGAGAAAUGAACCGGUGUGUAAGAACUUUUUGAACUUGUUGAAUGCUGCUGAUGGUUUUAUUAACAAUAUGUCAGCACGUAUAUUAGCUAAAGUUGCUUGCUACUCGACGGAUUACAUUAGUAAAACUGAUCUCCAGUUUUAUUUGAACUGGAUUAAGGAGCAGCUGUUGUCGACUAAUAAUGAGUACAUGCAAUCGGUUGCGCGUUGUUUACAAAUGUUGUUACGCCGUGAUGAAUACAGAACUGAGUUUAUUUCAGUUGAUGGCAUGCCGGCUGUGAUAAGUGUAUUGUCUGGACGGGUUAACUUCCAGAUACAAUAUCAAUUGAUCUUCUGUGUUUGGGUCAUGACGUUCAAUCCUCGUUUGGCUGGACAAAUAAACGAAUUUAAUGUUAUUCCGAUAUUGGCAGACAUUUUAGGCGAUUCUGCCAAAGAGAAGGUCACCAGAAUUAUUCUUGCGGUUUUCAGAAACCUACUAGAAAAGCCGGAGGACAGCUCUACUUCCAAAGAACAUUGUAGCGUUAUGGUCCAAUGUGAAGUAUUAAAACAACUGAGUAUUCUUGAACAGAGAAAUUUUAAUGACGAGGACAUAGUUGAGGACAUUCAGUUCUUGAACGAGCGACUCCAAGCCUCGGUAAAAGAUUUGAGCUCAUUUGAUGAAUAUGCCACUGAAGUAAAAUCUGGCCGUUUAAAAUGGAGUCCCGUUCAUAGAUCUACACAGUUCUGGCGUGAAAAUGCAUCGCGUCUCAAUGAACGGAAUUAUGAACUGUUGCGCAAUUUAGUAAAUUUGUUGGAAACGAGUCGAGAUCCAUUGGUUUUAAGUGUAGCUAGCUUUGACAUUGGCGAGUAUGUCCGUCAUUAUCCUCGUGGAAAACAUGUAGUUGAACAACUCGGAGGAAAACAACUCGUGAUGCAGCUGUUGUCUCAUGAGGAUGCCGAUGUGCGUUUCGAAGCUUUAUUGGCUGUUCAAAAGCUUAUGGUUCAUAAUUGGGAAUACCUUGGACGUCAGUUAGAAAAAGAACAAAGUACCGGAAAGACUUAAAAAUCUAACAUGUUCUUUAAUGCCGUGUGUUCAUAUAAACUCGACUUGAAGUCUCAGUUCGU